AUGCCUUUGAGGACCGGACUUUUUCUCCUGAUGGUGCUGAACGCAUCUGCAUAUGAACUGGAUCAAAACGAGUCUUAUUCGCCCAGGAGAACACGCUUUUCUGCCAAUAGCCCUUCAGAUGUGGCACGCUGUCUCAACAGUGCCCUCCAAGUUGGCUGCGGAGCCUUCGCCUGCCUGGAAAACUCAACUUGUGACACAGAUGGCAUGCAUGACAUCUGCAAGUCCUUCCUAUACAGUGCUGCUAAAUUUGACACUCAGGGUAAAGCAUUUGUGAAGGAGAGCCUUAAGUGCAUUGCCAAUGGCAUCACCUCGAAGGCAUUCCCCACCAUCCGCCGCUGCUCCACCUUCCAAAGAAUGAUCUCUGAAGUUCAAGAGGAAUGUUACAGCAAGCUGGAUAUCUGCACUGUUGCCCGAUCGAAUCCAGACGCUAUUGGCGAGGUGGCGCAGCUACCAAGUCACUUCCCCAAUAGGUUUUAUGGUAAGCUGCUACAGAGCCUGAUGGACUGCGAUGAGGACACAGUGGAUCCGGUUAGGACCAGCAUGGUGUCGCGGCUGGGCCCAGAGAUGACCAUGCUUAUUCAGCUGCUGCAGAACAAGCCCUGCCCAUCCACUGCUGUGGCUGCAGCUGCCGCCAUCCCAACUGGAGUGGAGGGCCGUGGGAGCUGGCGCUGGUCCAUGGGUCCCCAUAUGUACAAGAUCCAGCCUAAUCUGCGAAACAGAGACUCUGCCAGUCAUUUUGGCAAAAAGCGCUCUGCCAGUGACAGCUCCUAACUUCCACUCAGAUUCAGAAACUCCACACACUCCUCAAAACAUCAUGAAAGCUCCUCUAUUCCCUAGGGGUGCUCAAAUCCAUUCCUUCGCUAGACUGGAAGUUACAGAAAUAUGCACCUCUAGGGAAUGCCGGAUCGCCCAUAGAGUUGAUAUCAGAGUUUGAUUGUUGUUAUAUUGUAUAUCCUACACUUUAGGCUUGAGAGAACCCCCCUUCCAUCAAGUCCGCUCACAGUUUAGUGUUGAACAUGUGGCUGUUGCAUCUGUGCGACAUGGUCCUGUUCACUCCUCUUCACCUCCUCCAACAGAGAUGAAUCCUUAAGAAGUGUUUCGAUGCCAAACGAAAAGAAAGAAAAGAUAAAAACAGCCAUGGUGGUUCACACCUCUAGAGCGCAAGUCCAUACUUUAAAAGACAAAGAUUCUCAUAAUCCCAACAUUUAUUCAUGAAUAGAAAUCUGUAGCUGGAUUAUUAUUAGUUCAUUGAUAGUAAUGGAACAUUAUUGGUAGAUGUAUCUAAAUAUUUCAGUGAUGAGGCCAGUCAAAUUGUGAGCAUGAGAUGUGGAAAUGAGUUUCAUAUCCAUUUUUGACUAACAGUUCAAAUGUACUGUAUACUAAGUUAUCUGAGACAGCCAUAGCUAGCCCUCUAAACGAGAGCGCUCAUGCGGAGUGAGGUCUGUAGAGGUUUCAUGAUAACCUUUGACAGGUUACCUUAAACUGACCAAAAAACUUCAAACUGCCCUGAAUGCUAUUCAUGAAAUAACAAAAUAGUGUAUAGCUAUAACUCUUAUAAUAGUUUUUUUUUCUGAUGGCAGAUGUAGCCAUGGUCAUGUGUUUCAAAUCAUCAUCCUGCACAUAAGGAUUGUCCAGGUCGUGGCCAAGUCUAACUAUCAGAAAAAGUCCAUUUUGCAUAUCUUGUAUCCAGACACAUGUAAUGCAUAUGACUGUUGAGCUCUACGAUAUAUAUAUAUAUAUAUGGGACCAUGUUUAGUGGAAUCUGUAUCCAUGUUCUAAGCUGAGCGUGAAGCAGUAGUGUAUGUGCAGUAGCUGAUUAGCACGUUCACCGAUGAGACUGAGAGCGGCCAUCUUUUAGACUGAUGAUCAUCAUUCUCUGAGGUGAAUAACGUGACAUACACACUGGCUUCCAGUGUCAAGAUUAAGAGUGUAUAUUUAAAAAAAAAAAAAAAGCCUUGUUGGAUGAUAUUUAUUUUCCUACUAUAUUAUUUAAUUGCAUUAUUGUAGUUUUAAUUAGUUUACAGAUUUAAAAAAGCAGUUCAGUCACAGCUCCUAUUUGAACAUGAGCUCUAUGCCAAAAAAAAAAAAGUGAGCUGACUCUCUGGUGACUGAAUGGGACCCAUGUCAUGACUCUGUGCUGGCCAUAGGGGAACACGGUUGAUCAUUCAAGUCAGGUGAUCUACUUUAUGGGUGUUACAAGGGACCACAACAAAACGAUAGCUUCAUUUUCACACACUUUCUGGUUGAAGAAAAGGUUGUCAUUGCAGCUGCUAGAUGUGCUUGUUGGGGGGUUUGUGCACAAUAUUGACCAGGUAUAAUCACAGUAAAAGAAACACCAGCAUCAAGUUAUUUUAUUGUUCAGCACUAGUUUUCGGUGCUUCUAUUCGCAUGGGCUGACAUUUAUUUUACUCACGAUGGCUACGUAGAUAAAUUCUCAUCGUAGCUUGUGUGUCGUCAUCUCUUGCAUUUCUUUCCUGCUAAUAUUUAUUUUUGUAUUUUAUUUUGUUAAUGUGUCAGUUCUGAUAUUAUACAGUAGAGAAAGAGAUAGGAAAGAUGCAAGAGAAAUGAUCACAUGCAUGAUAGGAGUACAGACUGUGGUGUCUGUAUCGGCUUUAGCCCUCGGUCAGAACGUUUCUUUUAAACUUGGUUUAUUUCUUAAUUAUUAUUAUAUACCACCUAAAAUCUAGAUGAUCUGCUUAAUCAGGAAUGUGUGGGUGCGGUUUGAGAAGAUUUAAUUGACAACAUUAGCAAACAACCCAACACCUCAAUAGAUUCUGAUUCAACUGUUACUUAAUCCUGAUUGGUGCUCGUCACCCUUUUCCACCUGAGCACCACCCAUGUCAAACCAGUGAUAUUAGCACAGACAGAAAUCUCUCAUUUGAAAUAACAAAACAGUUCAAACUCUGGCGGAAAAUAGUCUGUGUAAGUCCACAUUACUCAUAGACCAAACAGUAUAUCUCUAUGUUACAUAAUGACAAAGAAAAAACAGGAGGACGUUAAUAUAUUCAGGUCUGUAGAACCCAGUAUAUGUAGUUUAUAUAAGAGGUUUAGUAGCAUGUGUUGCUAAGACUGCACUGGGAUUUAGCUACAGACAAGUCAAAAUGUGAGAAAGUUACCAAUGUGUGUAAAGAUAUUUACAGACCGCUGUUACUAACUUAGUUCACACACUCUUGGUGUAACGUGUUUAGUUAAAAUGACUCUCAGGCGUCUCAGUAGGUAAGAAGCUCAUGUUAGUUUAUGUACAUUAAAGGACCUUGUAACUGUAAAAAAAAAAAAA